AUGGAAAUUAAAGAGAACAAAGAAUGCAUCAAAGACCAGCACCAGACAGACCCCCGCGACGAUAAGACACGCAUACAGCGGACAAAAGGCGAGUUGCUCAGGGAUUCAUACCGAUGGAUCCUUGAACACGCCGACUUCAAGCAAUGGUGUGGUAAUCCAGAGUACGGGCUGCUUUGGAUCAAAGGAGACCCCGGGAAAGGAAAGACGAUGCUUCUAUGUGGCAUCAUAGAUGAGAUAGAGAAGUCUACACUUCCACCUUGUCUGUCUUACUUCUUCUGCCAGGCUACCGAGCCACGACUAAGUAGUGCAACGGCAGUGCUGAGGGGUCUUAUAUAUAUGAUCAUUAUCCAACGGCCCUUGCUUAUCUCACAUGUACGAGAGAGAUAUGACCAUUCAGGCAAGAAGCUUUUCGACGACAGCAAUGCUUGGGAGGCAUUGUCUGGGAUUCUAAAGGCUAUAUUGAACGACCCAGCGCUUAAUGAUGCAAUUAUGAUCGUUGAUGCUCUCGAUGAGUGCGUUGAAGGGCUGCCUAUGCUUCUCCAGUUUGUUUCCGAGGCGUCUUGUUCAUAUCGUGCUAAGUGGAUUGUGUCAAGCCGCAACUGGCCAGCUAUUGAAGAGAGUCUUCAUACAACAAUGCAAUCAGUCAGACUAUGUCUAGAACUAAACGAGAUGUCAGUUUCUGCUGCUGUUCAGACUUAUAUCCGGCAUAAGGUGCAGGAAUUAGCAGAUAAGAAACGUUACGAUGAUAUCACGAAAGACGCUGUUGAGCAGCACUUAGUGAUCAACGCUCAUGGCACAUUUCUCUGGGUGGCUCUAGUUUGCCAAGAGCUUUCAGAUCCGAAGAUUAAAAAACGGCACACACUUCAAAGACUCAAAUCGUCAUACCCACCAGGGCUUGAUCCUUUGUACCAGCGAAUGAUGGAUAACAUUCGCGAGUCACCUGAUGCCGACAUUUGUCAACAGAUCUUGGCUACUACUUCACUGCUAUACCGUCCAAACACGCUAGCAGAGUUAAGCCGUCUGAUUGAAUCUAUUGAUAGCUUUGAUGAUGAUGAUCUGAUAGAUCUCAUUGGAUCUUGCGGUUCAUUCUUGACUAUUCGAGACAAUGUCGUCUAUUUCAUACAUCAAUCAGCAAAAGAUUUCUUGGUUAAUAAAGCAUCCGAUAAAAUUCUGGCCUCUGGCAUUGGGUACCAACACUAUACUAUCUUCUCAAGGUCUUUGGAAAUCUUAAGCGAGACAUUGCGACGCGAUAUUUACGGCCUACGGCUUCCAGGCUUCCCCAUCGAACAAGUCUGCUCACCUGAUCCUGACCCACUAGCAUCAAUUAGAUAUGCUUGCAUCUACUGGGCGAGUCAUUUUGGCGACUCAAAACACCUACAAACGCCGAGUGUUGAGAAGGGACGUCAGGGCGAAGACGCCAUCAGUAAACUCUUUGAAGAAAGAUAUCUAUACUGGUUAGAGGCUCUUAGCUUAUUACAUGGUAUGUCAGAGGGAGUAAUUGCAAUCGACAAGCUAGAUAAUGUUCAAACGCCACAACUUAUAGAGCUGCUCAAAGACGCACAUCGAUUUAUCCUUUCAUACAAGCCAGCGAUAGAGUCUGCCCCGUUGCAAGUUUAUGCAUCAGCACUUAUUUUUUGCCCUUCGCAAAGUAAAUGGAAGAAAUUUUUUGUGGCUGAAGAACCUAAUUGGAUUCUCACAAAACCUCUGGUUGAGACACACUGGCCACCUUGGCUGUACACGGUCGAGGAGCACACCGGGAAUGUUCAGUCCAUCGCCUUUUCCUCCAACUCAGCGCUCAUAGCGUUGGGUUCAGAUAAAGAAAUCCGACGCUGGAGUACUAAGACAGGCGACUGCAUACGAGCCCCGCUUAUGGGCCAUAAUGACAUUAUUUUUUCAGUUGCCUUCUCGCAUGACUCAACACUUUUGGCAUCAGGCUCUAAGGAUACCACAGUCCGGCUAUGGCGUAUCAACACAGGCGAUUGCCUCCAUGUGCUCAAAGGCCAUACCAAAACAAUUCAUUUAGUUGCUUUCUCUUUUGACUCGAAGCUUGUAGUAUCGGCUUCCGGGGAUAGAAGCAUCCGGCUAUGGCAAACCAGUACCGGUGACUGUAUUCAGGUGAAGGGCCAUAAACGGCAUAUUCUCGCGAUUGCUUUCUCGCAAAACUCGGCACUUUUGGCAUCGUUCGAUGGAACAAUCCGGCUCUGGAGCACUGACACGGGCCAUUUUGUACGGAAGUUAAGGAUCAAUAGUACUACUAAACAGUGUGCAGCAGCAUUCUCACAGGACUUGACACUCUUAGGAUUAGCCUUAAACGAUAACCCAAUCCAGUUCUGGCGCACUGAUACUGGAGAGUGUGUGCGAGAGUCGAAUGGAUAUUUCAGCGAAUCUCAUUCAAUCGCCUUCUCUUAUCACUCGGAUUUCAUAGCAUCAGUCUCUACAGAUGGAAUAUUCCGUCUCUGGCGCACUGAUACAGGAGAUCUUGUGCGAGAGCUAAGGACCCCUGAGGCUAUUAAAUAUGCAGCCUUCUCGCAUGACUUAAAUAUCAUCGCAGCACCAAUAGGUAAUUUCGUAUUUCGUGUCUGGAGCACUGAUGAUACAGACAGCUAUAUGCAAGAACAAAAGGGCUCCAGAUAUGGGAUCACCUCUAUUAUUUUCUCUCAGUGCUCAACCCUUGUGGCGUCGGCCUCAAUUUGGGAAUCAAUUGUCUCGCUCUGGUGCGCUAAAACAGGCAGACAUCUACAUGAGCUCAGGGGUCACCAGAAAGGAGUCGACUCAAUUGCCUUCUCGCAUGAUUCGGCACUCUUAGCAUCAGCUGAUUUUUAUGAAGAGACUAUCCGGCUCUGGCGCACUGAUACAGGCGAAUGUGUGCGAGUGAUAAACGGCCCGUCCAUGACGUCCAAGAUUGCUUUCUCGCACGAUUCGGCGCUCCUAGCGUCAGCUUCCUGGGCGUCGGCUUCCUGCACUGACGCUAUCCAGCUCUGGCGCACCGACACAGGCGGUUGCGUGAAAACUCUACCUGUGAAGACCAAACAUACGGGUGAAAUUACUUCGAUUGCUUUUUCACAUGAUUCCGCGCUUAUAGCAACAGGACUCGCGAAAGGCGCAGUUCGGAUCAAUAACGUUACUACGGGAAACCUUGUGCUUAUUCCAGCCCCCUCCCUAGGUCCUGGUUUUAGCAGAGAUCAGAGAUGGAUUACGUGGAAUAAUAAUAAUGUUCUCUGGAUACCAGAAAACGAAAAAAGGCAGCCUCCCUGGGCUAUAUCAGAAUCUACUGUGGCCGUAGGUUGCAUGUCAGGGAGGUUUUUUAUUAUCGGCUUUUCGGAUGAAGAGUUGUCAAAAAUAUACGCUGGUGUUAAUUAUGCCUAA